AUGAGUGGCUUUAAUCCAUACAAUAACAAUAACAACAGCAACUAUAAUGACGGCACUGGCUACGGAAACUACAACGGAACUUCUGCCGGUGGCUUUAGUUCGCAGGAAAACACGACCAAACCGCAGAGGCAGAACCUCACGCAGACGAUAACUCCAGCAACUAUCCGGACCAUCAAACAGGCCAAACAGUCUUCACAGGAGGGUCCUUACGAAUCAUUUGGCAUGACUCUUUAUUAUGUGACAUUUAUCGGCAUAAUCCGUGAGAUCGAUGCCUCCAAUUCGGCCUCUACCAACUACAAGUUGGAAGAUGGAACGGGUUCGAUUUCCAUUAGACAGUGGAACAAUGAGGGAGAAGGCGGAGCAGACAGCGACCAGGACAUGGAUGAACCAGAAUUCAAAUCGGGAGAAUAUGUCAAGGUUUGUGCCACAAUCAGAGAGUUUAACGGCAAGAAGCAAUUGCAGACGCAGUCGAUUCGUAAGAUAACGGAUUACAACGAGGUUCCCUACCACUUUCUAAGUGCGGUGAAAGCGUUCAUCGACCAUCGGGAUGCACCUAAGAAUGAUGACGGUGAUGUGUCGAUGAAUUCGUCGUCUCUCUUUGUUGGAGAGAACGGCGAUGGAGCGGAUAACAAGUCCAAAAAUGAUGAUAACCUUCCCAUCACUGAGAAGCUAUUCAGAUUUAUCAAGACUAACAGUAACUCUAUGGUGGAAGGUGUUCCUGCGCAGAUGAUGGCUCAAGAAUUUAACAUGCCUGUCGAAACUGUCAAAGACAAUCUUACCUCUUUGGUCGAUGAUGGUAGAAUAUUCGCUACUGACGAUGAAAGUAUGUUCCUAUGUGUGUAA